UCUUCGGUUCAAGAGAACCUGUGGCACGCACACGGGAUAGGGAGAUGAACAAAGACGAGAGAACUGCCAUGCAGCUGCCACGUUAACUCUUGGGGUUGGGCAAAGGGGCAAACACACAUACAUGUCGGUAAACGACAGGGCACUCGAACGAGUAUCACGCUGUUCUAUGGCGUUCUAGCUUCCCUUAGUAAAGAUGAUGGAGGCUGAGGAGACCAAUAGGAAGAAUGCUUCCGGGUCGCCGUGUGCCCUGAUCUAAGAUGGCGGACGAGGCCACCCGGCGUGUGGUGUCCCAGAUCCCGGUGCUGAAAACGAACGCCGGGCCCCGGGAUCGGGAGCUGUGGGUGCAACGACUCAAGGAGGAAUAUCAGGCACUGAUCCGGUACGUGGAGAAUAACAAGAAUGCUGACAAUGACUGGUUUCGACUGGAGUCCAACAAGGAAGGGACCAGAUGGUUUGGAAAAUGCUGGUACAUCCAUGACCUACUUAAGUAUGAGUUUGACCUCGAGUUUGAUAUCCCGAUUACAUAUCCCUCUACUGCACCAGAGAUUGCUGUCCCUGAACUGGAUGGAAAGACGGCAAAGAUGUAUAGGGGUGGCAAAAUAUGCCUAACUGAACAUUUCAAACCCUUGUGGGCUAGGAAUGUACCAAAGUUUGGGCUGGCUCAUCUCAUGGCUCUAGGGUUGGGCCCUUGGCUGGCAGUAGAGAUCCCAGACCUGAUCCAGAAGGGGAUGAUCCACCAUAAAGAAAAGUAAUGUCUCUGUCUGAACUUCUGACGUGCUCGGCUCCUGCCUCCUUCAGCCAUCACCACCUUCAUCCACCCAGCUGAUACAGUGGGUCUUCUCUGCCUUUUGCCUUGAAGUUGCAGUGACUGGGCCUCUGGGUUGCAUUGCUACAAAUAAGCUUUGCUCCUACUCAGUCUGGUAUCAUUUGGGGACAGGGCUGAAAGUAGCUGGCAGACAUUGGGACCAUGAUUCCACCACUUCCCCACUAUUUGGAAAAGUAUCAGUAUCCUGAAGAAAUGCAACAUGAAAAGUUGUGUCACCUCCUCUGCUUGAGGCAGUAGUUAAGCCCUCCUUGAAUAAAAGCUGCUUUCCCUGG